AGGUCGCAUCCGCCGGCGCAAUCGAUCCGCUGAUUGCACGAUUGGCCGACCGCAGGCUAUCGACCUGAUAAGGCAGCAGUCGGCCGGGGACACGCUGGGAACAGCCGGGUGGAAAUCCACCUGCUCGCCGUUACGUCAGCCUCGCCUUCCCAUUGGCCGCUCGCCCGUGGUGGCAAGAGGUGGCAAGCGGUGGCAAUCGUUCCUGCCUUCCUAGCUUGAUUCAGAGGCCGGUACGUACCCGUCGCAGCCUGCUGCCAAAGGUGUCCAGUGCCCCGUACCGCGCCCAACCUCGCCCGUCUCCCACCUCGCGGUCGUCCCGUCUCGACACCACCAGGCCUGACCAUCAGGCCUCUUCCCCGCUCCCUCUCUGGGUAUGCUCAUGUUCCGAUUCUGGAGUUCGGAUUCGAGGGGAAGCGAAAAGACCGUGCCAGUCGACCAGCCCAUGCUCGAAUUCGCCAAACCGCUGCAGGCUUGGGUGCCGUCAGCGUCCCCACUCGCCAUCGCAGCUCCUACCACCACCACCACCACUACUACUACUACUACUAUCCCUGCCUCGCCGACCACGCCGAAGCGACGCAGGCAGAGCAAUGUCGCGAUAGAACCGCAUCUUGCUGUCCGUCCCCCCGCGCCGAAGCGGCCGAGGACGGACGACGGCAGCGACGGCGACAGUCGCCCCAAGGCGCGUAAGAGGUUGGCCGUGGAGGAAGGGGAUGUGUGCCAGCCCGUGACGGAUGUGCCUGACCGGGACCGUAUUAGGGAGACUAUCGAGCAGCAGUUCAGCCUUGAGAUCCUCCUCAAACAUGAUGAGUUGCGCUUCAUUAAUCAAGAACUUGCCAAAUGCCAGGUGGCUUUGGAGCAGCUGCGUCGGUGCCAUCUAAUACCGUAUCCACUCAAUGUCCCCACGCCGGAGCAGAUGAUGAACAUAGCCAACGGAACCGGUGCGGCCCUGCCACCGAAGCCGGGCGAUAAGCUGCCUCAGUGGGCGCCGCCCUUCGGUGUCACCGACGGCCCGUAUGCGCGGCACUAUGCCAAGUGGCUCAUACCCGACCCCAAGUUUGACGGUAUCCAGCCCCCGGCGUCGCAAGCCGAGUCUUCGAGGUACAGAUCUUCGGCCGAGGGUAGGUCGACGCGGAAUAGUUUCGCCGAAGCGGGCAAAGGCGGUCGGCCGGCGAGGGGAACGGCGGGCCUGAAGCUGCAGGCCCUCUCGAGCGGCUACCCGCCCCCGAAGGACAAGAACGGCCCCUGCGUCCUGAAGCGAGCCGACGGGAAGACUGUGAAACUUGUUUGCAUUGAUUGUCACCGCGAAAACUUCUCGAGCACGCAGGGCUUUAUCAACCACUGUCGUAUCGCGCACAAGCGCGAUUUCAAGAGCCACGAAGAGGCUGCCGUUCACUGUGGCCAUCCUAUCGAGGUCACCGACAGCGGUGGCAGCGUGGGAGAGGAGAAGCCCGUCUACCCGAGCACCCCUUCCUCCGGCCUUGCCCAUCCGUUUGCGCGCGAGAAUGCCAUGUCCGAGUCCGAGGCUUGCUUCUCCGUUGUGCGUCGCAUUCAGGAGUCGAUAGAAAUGUAUCGGCGGGGUGAGCUGCCGGGGGUUUACUCGAUACCUGGGGAAGUCGCGCCUAGGGGUUCUCAGAGAGCCCGAGCGACGACGCAGCAGCAGUCGAGCUUCUCGCCUUCGCCCGACUCGCCGCAUCUUUCUCGUCUUCUCCACAGCCGAGGUUUCGAUGGCAACCUGGGCGAGCUAGUCAGUGAGGCCAAGACCAAGGUAGAUCUUGAUCAGUUCUUCUCUCCCGAGGACGAGUUGGACGAGGUUGACGUGACCGGUAAUGCCGAUGCCAAUGCUGCUGGAACUCCCCCCCCGUCUCUCGUGCGUGUCCCUGCCCGAGCGCCGGUGCCCCGAGCGGUCGGCACGACCCGGCCGACGAGCAGCAAAGGCCCUACCGCUCUGCCUCCCUACGCCACACCCAUGCCAACCCCUACUGCUCGGGCGAUUCCCGGUUCCGAAUCGGACGUGAUGGCGGACGAUGACAUGUUGGACGUAGAUCUGAGUCCGCACACGGCUGUUAGCAACAAUGCGCCGUCGCUCGUUAGCGAUGACGGCGAGUAUGACGACUCCGAAGCCGACUCUGAGGUGGAGUCGGAUGUCAACGAUAGCAUUGGGGCCCAGUCGAUCUCGGACGUGGACGAGAUCGACAUCGAGGACGACCAUAGCGGACCACGCUCUAUCCGACACCACCGUGGCUCUACCGGGACGGGCACCGGGACGACGGUGCGCCUGCGCAAGGACGAAAGCAAGCAUGUUACUUUUGUCAGCCCCAUCAAGGACGGCGGGAACGGAAAUCGGAGACGGGGUCGGAAAGUGGGGCCGCAAGCUGAACCAUGAGGUUUCGGGUGCGAACCUGUUGGCUGAGCAGCCCCAGGGGAGGGGGGGAUAGCGGGCUACGAAGUGGCAUUCUUCUUUAUUCACGAACGGGACCGAAUUUGCGGACGGUCUAUCCUUAACCUUACACCUUUUAUUACGCUGUCUUAUUCUGGUAUUUAAGUUUGAGAUACUUUUCCCUCCCCGAGAGCAGGCUGGUUUUAUCCUCCCCCCUCGUUCGUUCUUGGUUUCGGG